AUGGAAGGCCUUACCAGGAAAACCUUCACCACCUCGCGCGCCUUGACCUACACCUACUGGGACACCGAGCCAGCCACGCCGCGUUCGUCGCCAUCGUCAGCGCCCACGAGCCCGACCUCCUCCUUGGCCUCCGCCCGCACUCCGACUGGCGCCAACAGCAGCAGGAGCAGCAGCAGCAACAACGACCACAAUGGCUACCGCAGCAAGCCGCCGAUCCUGUUCCUGCACGGCUUCCCGGACAGCGCCUUCCUGUGGUCGCCCAUCAUGUCCGCCCUCCGCCCGCUCUCGCACCGCAUGAUCGCGCCCGACAUGCUCGGCCACGGCGCCACCUCGAAGCCCGCGGACCCGGCCGCGUACACGUCGGACCUGAUGACGGCGGACCUGGUCGAGCUGCUCGCGAGCGAGGGCAUCGGGCGGGCCAUCGUCGUCGGGCACGACUGGGGCGCCUUCGUCGCGCAGCGCAUGUGGCUCUGGCGCGGGCCCGCCCUCGUCGCCGGCCUGGUGCUGGUGAGCAUCGCCUACAUGCCGCCCGACCGCGAGUCGCCCUUCAACCUCGAGUACCUCAACUACGCGCUCGAGGAGGCCACCGGCCACGCCCGCUACGCGUACUGGGAGUUCUUCAGCGAGCCCGACGCCCCGGCCGUGACGCAGCUGCGCGCCGAGAGCCUGUGGACCGCCCUGCACGGCAGCCGCCCCAACUGCCUGCGCGACAUCUUUUGCACCCGCGGCGCCGUCAGGAAGUUCCUCGAGGCCGACUGCCGGGAAGAGGUCAGGGACUACGCCGCCGACGGGAGCGUCUGGAAGAACGAAUACAUGGCCCGCAUCAGGGAAUCCGGCUUUGCUGGCGCCUUCAACUGGUACAAAGUUUACGUGCUCGGGCUGAAUUGGGAGAAGGAGAGGCAUAUACGUGGAGACAGGCUGAAAGUCCGUGCGCCGACUCUGUUCGUGGCUUGCUCGCGCGACGACAUUUGCUUGCCUUCGUUCAUUGAACCGUCCAGGCAGGCGGGCCUGCUGCCGGAUCUGGAGAUUGCGCAGAUUGAUGCCUCGCACUGGGCCACCAUGGAGAAGCCAGACGAAGUGAGCCACGCGCUGUCUUGCUGGCUGAAGGAGCGGUGGUCGUAG